GGACUGAUAGAGUAAAUUCUUAAUCAUCAACCCCAAUAUAAAUAAAUUAAAAAGUCAAGUAAAGUAGACCCAAUUUCUAGGGUUUUGACUACUAUCUUGCUAUAUAAUUUUAUCAUUGUUGCAAACCUCCCUCUGCGCCUAUCUUAUCCAAGCAGUAAAGAAAGAGAGAUUUGGAAUAGCGCACGAAAAUGGUGCAGCGACUCACUUACCGGAAACGCCAUAGCUACGCAACCAAAUCCAAUCAACACAGAGUUGUCAAGACUCCUGGAGGGAAAUUGGUGUACCAGACCACGAAGAAGAGAGCUAGCGGACCCAAAUGUCCCGUCACCGGCAAGAGAAUCCAAGGGAUUCCUCAUCUUAGACCAGCGGAAUACAAGAGGUCUAGGUUAUCCAGAAACCGCAGGACUGUGAACCGUGCUUAUGGUGGUGUAUUAUCUGGAAGUGCAGUGAGGGAGAGGAUUAUCCGGGCCUUCUUGGUGGAAGAGCAAAAAAUUGUGAAGAAGGUUUUGAAGAUACAAAAGGCAAAGGAGAAAACAGCUGCAAAGAGCUAAACUUAAUGCAAUGCUAAGCAGAUUGCCCUAUCAUUAUAUAUUUGCUUAAGUUUUACCUAUGAUGAUGUUGAAAAUGAUUUCAAAUGGAUUAGUUUGGUUCACCAGUUUAGAAAUAUAUCAUCCGCCGACACAAUAUUUCAUCGUUUUUGAAUGAUUAUUAUGCUCAAAACUGGAUAAGCACUGUGAUGCAACUUUUGUGUUCUCUAUUAAAGCAGCGGCUCCUUCAUCGUUGUAUA